AUGUAUGGGCAGACCCUGGAAGAACUGAACCUGGAUAUGGAGGGCUAUACACCUCGGCAGGAACUCUAUGAUGAGGAAUAUCAACCUGAUUAUGAUGCAGGGAUCGGCGAGAUUGAUCUUAUCCCGCCUAUCCUUGAGACUCUCCGGAUUUACGGGCGCGGACAACCCAUGCAUCCUGGUGCUCCUUAUCUCGACUACAACUCUGAUCUGGAUGUUGAUGCCCAAAUUGAGCAACUGGCGUGCGAAAAAGUCGCCAAACUGCCAGGACUGAAUGUUCUUGAAGGCGUUGACCCUCGUAUUCCAAAUGGAUGGCAUGUGUAUCCCCGACAGCAAGAUUAUAAUCCAGAACUUCACUGGCAGGGCCCAGAGACAACAGAUGGGAUGAUCUUGAUGACAACUGAUCAUUUAUUUCAUUGUGAAUCAAUCUUGUCACCUGUCUAA